GCUGAUUCCACUUAGUUUGUUUCGGAAAGCGCGGCCAGUCGGUAGCUGGAUCUUUGCAGUGUUUGCCAAGGAUCAAAGGAUCAAGAAACCCAAGGACAAUGGUUAUCGAGGAGUGGAAGAAGAGCGGCAUCGCCACCAAAUUUCCCACCUACCGGAACUCGCCCCUUAUCACCACUCACAGCUGGCAAAAGGGAAAGCGGGAGGACGAUCGGGCCGAAGGACUCUGGCGAAUCUACGAUGGCAUCUACGACUUCACCGAGUUCAUAGACAAACAUCCCGGCGGUGCCUUCUGGAUUCGCGAAACCAAGGGCACGGACAUCACCGAGGCUUUUGAGGCGCACCAUCUGACGAGCACACCCGAAAAGAUGAUCGCCAAGUACAAAGUGCGGGAUGCAGCGGAGCCCAGGAUCUACACCCUGACCCUCGAGGAAGGGGGCUUCUACAAGACCCUUAAGGAGCGAGUGCGUGAAAAGCUAAAGACCGUCGACAAGAGUCCAAAAAGGAAGAGUGAUUUGAUCCAGUUCGGCUUGAUAGUUGCGCUCUACAUUUUUGGCAUCGCCAGUGUCAAAUUCAAUAGCCUUUUGGCUCUGAUUCUGGCAGGUGUUUCACUCUGCUGGACUGUGAUCGUGUCCCACAACUACUUCCAUCGCCGGGACAAUUUUCAGAUGUACGCCUUUAACCUGGGAAUGAUGAACUUCGCCGCCUGGAGAGUGUCCCAUGCCCUGUCGCACCACAUUUACCCCAACUCCUACUUCGACCUGGAGCUGUCCAUGUUCGAGCCGCUGCUGUGUUGGGUGCCCAAUCCGCACAUCAAGAGCAAGAUCAUGCGCUACGUGUCCUGGGUGACGGAGCCGGUGGCCUAUGCCCUGGCCUUCUUCAUACAAAUAGGCACACGCAUUUUCUACUCGCUGCGCCACACGAACAUCUUGUACUGGCACGACCUGCUGUCGCUGAGUAUUCCCGCAGCCAUCUAUCUGGGCACUGGCGGAUCCCUCGGCCUGUGGGUUUGCGUUCGCACUUGGCUAGCGAUGACGUCGAUCGCUAGCUUCAGCUUUUGCGUGAUCGGUUUGAAUGCGGCGCAUCACGACCCGGAGAUUUACCACGAGGGCGAUGCCAAUCGGGAGGAUCGCGAUUGGGGCCUCUUCCAGGUGGACACGAUCAUCGAUCGCGGCGACCUCAAGGGAUCGCAAUUCCUUGUUCUCACCCACUUCGGUGACCAUGUGCUUCACCAUCUCUUCCCCACGCUGGAUCAUGGUCUCUUGCCCGCCCUCUAUCCGGUGCUGUACGAGACCCUGGACGAGUUCAAGGGUCACCUGCGCGAGUGCAAUCACAUCGAGCACAUGAUCGGUCAGCACAAGCAGCUGCUGCGCAUCGAGCCCAAUCCCAGGGCUCCAGGAGCGGGAAAGUGAGACCGGGGGUGGAAAUAAAAGUUAUUAAAUAAAUA